AUGCCUAACCAGUAUAAACCCACGCCGCCCUUAGAUGAGCUCACGCCUCACAUCCUGCGCUAUUGGAAGACACGUCUCAAUGAUAAAGAGAUCGUUCUGGCCUUACAGAAACAUUUUGAUACAGAACGCUAUGGUAUUGGGCUUACAAAGUUUCGCCAAAUUCGUGUGGAUAUGGGCCUCGAACGCUCGCGUCGGCAGGGUCACACUAUAGAGACCAUCCGCGAAGCUGUCAUGGAACUUCGGCAGAUGUUCCCUCAUGCUGGAACACGAGAAAUGAUUGGUCUACUCUUUCACGAAAAGAACAUGAGCGUAGCUAAGUCCGUCAUGAUGUCGUACUUUGCUGCGUAUGAGCCUGAAUUAGUAUGGCAACGUAAAGCAAGGCGACUGAAACGGAAGCACUUCUGGGCGGCCGGCGUCAAUGAUCUCUUUGCCGUUGACCAGCAUGACAAGUGGCUGAGGUUUGGGCUCGGUCUCCACACUGGAGUUGAACCGUUUUCAGGGCGGAUCAUGUGGAUUAGAGUAUGGCACUCCAACCGAAAUCCGCAGUUAAUCCUUAGCUACUACCUUGACACAAUCACAGAACUUGGUCACAUGCCACUAAUCACUCAAUCCGAUUUAGGCACCGAAAAUUAUGGCAUUGCCAAUGCACAGACGCUUCUUCGCCAGCGCUAUGACCCAACCCUGCAAGGAACUCUGCAGCAUCGUUGGAUGCGUACAAAGAAAAACGUAAUGCCGGAGAUCACUUGGUCACAACUCCGGCGCAGGUUCACUCCUGGUUUCGAGACCUUGCUGGACGAAGGUGUCAUUGAAGGCUGGUAUGAUUCAGGGAAUACCCUUCACAUGAUGGUCUUUCGUUGGGUUUUUAUACCCUGGUUGCAGCAGGAGCUGAAUGCUUACAGGGAUCGAGUGAACAAUACUGCCAAGCGGCGUGACCGCAACAAGAUACUCCCACAUGGCGUCCCGAAUCUUAUCUAUGAUUCUCCUGAAGAUUUUGGAGCUUUGGAUUUCAAGGUUUCUAUAGAUCACGAGGGCAUCGACUACGUUCGUAAUUUCUACAUCAAUGCUUCGAAUCCAGUGUUUGAUAUUGUCCCACCUAUGCUUGGUGACUUUAUCGAACAUUGCUAUGAUGCAAUGGGACGCCCUGCAGUCACUCGGUUAUCAGUUUGGGAUGUGUACAGGAACAUACUGUCUGCUGUACAGCUUGCAGAGAAUCCGCAUCCCAACUUACUACUGACGGAAAACGAAGAUGCUCACGCUAGUGCAUUGCAAUUGAUUGGUGGCCAUGCCGAUUUACCUUUUAAUGAGGAAAUGGAUGGCAUGUACUACAUGGGUGGUGUGCGUGGAGGAUUGGGCCUAGGUACUUCGUGA